CGCAUGCGCGGAUUAAAGAACCGCGGAAGUGGCCGCUAACCUGCCGCUCUGUUGUUGAAAGAAGCGCAGCUUAGCGCACAGUACCACAAAUGGACAACCAGCGCAUUGUCUUUUCUACAUAACGUCGAGGAGCUCGUCUUAAUGUCUGGACCAUGGCGAAGGUUGUUUGCGCGACGGCUUUAGUGUUACACCUCUGGAGUGUUUUCACGCACUUCGGCCGCGUGUCAGGUCUCGGGAUCAAUGAGCUGCUUUACUUCCGGGUCAUCAGUCCAGAGGAGAUAGGGUACAUCUUCAGCGCGGCACCUGCUAAAGACUUCGGAGGAGAUUUUACGUCAUCAUAUGAUGAGAUUUUCCUCGUCCUGGCAGACCCAGCAGACGGCUGCUUGGAGUUGAAGGACAGAGAAAUCAUACAGGGACAAGUAGUGCUGGUGGAAAGAGGAGGUUGCUCCUUCGUACAAAAGGCCCGACACGUGGAGGAAGCUGGAGGCAAAGCCGUUCUGAUCGCCGAUGAUGCCUCGGACAAUGACAGCCAGUACCUCGAUAUGAUCGCCGACGGGAGCGCCGCCAAACCGAGCAUCCCGGCCCUGUUCCUGUUGGGGCGCGACGGGAUGAUGAUCAGACGAUCGCUUCAGAGACAAGCACUGCCGUGGGCUGUUAUUUCCAUUCCUGUCAACGUUUCCUCGUUGGCCUCGUUCCCACUCAAGCAGCCCCCGUGGACACUGUGGUAGAAAUGACGCGCACCCACGACUUCAUGCACCUCCUCACUCGAUCAAGAUUUCGGUCGUCGGCAAAUAUCCUGUCGGGGUGGGGGGACAAAUCCCCGCAGCCUUGCAGGGAAAAUCAGGGUUGGUUAAACAAAAAUUAGCAUAGGUACACAUAGUUCUGUGAUGUUAAACAAUCAGCCCAGAGGCAUGAGGAGCGAGCCUUUAAACGCUGUCCAAAUGGACUUUUCCACCAGAGCUGUUGAACCGGGUGAAGACAGAUGACUUCAGCAAGAAACACGCAUGCUUAUUCUCAGUGCUCAGUGACGCUAUGGGACAACAACAACCAUAAAACAAACACUGGCAACGUAUAUUAAACUAUAGUACAAUACAGCAUAUCAGGAAUGUCAUCUCACUGUAAAAUGAUAAUAAACUACUGCUCAUUUGCAUGAAGUUAAACAGGACGUUUGUUUCUCAUAUGGUUGAUAAAUAUAAAAAAUGUCUUUCAUAAAAUAAUCUAUUGCCUACAUCCACACAUCUUUUGAAAGACCCAUAUUUUCGGUCUGCUUAAGCCUGAAGCCGAAGUCGUAGUUUGACCUGUUUUUAUCUGCUGUCAUUUUCAAUACUCCUGAUCCGGAGCAGUUUGGAUAAACAGAGGUGAACACAAUGUGUUGUUCAGGGAAACAAGUGGAUGCAAAGUACAGAUAAUGAGAAAUUAUUUAUGACAAAUAGGCUUUUGGGAAAAUGUCCACCACGAAUUAUGAAUGUGAAAAUGAUAGGAAGAUAUUUAAGCCCAUGUGGUCUUUGUAAAGCUCCCGGCGGUAAUACACAGUGUAGGGGACCGUGUCCGACUUGGACUCAUUUUGAAACAUGUAUUUGAUGUGAAUAAAUAAAUAAAAAAUUCCAACACUUGAAA